AAUUUAUUGGAUUGAAUCCAUAAAAUUGAAAAAAAAAAAAAAAAAAGAAAGAAAGAAAGAAGAAAAGAAAUAGAGAAGAACAAUAAGUUAGAAGAAGUGAUAUGGCGGCCGGUUGUUUGUGAUAUUGUCUACAAAAAUUCUGCUGCAAUUUUUAUGAUCAUUACUUUUCUCUUUCAUGUUUCUGUAGUGGUAGUACUUGUAAUGUUUUUAGGGGUCUUUUAUUAUAUUAAUUAAUAAAGUAAAGUAAAUAAUCUUUUGGUUUUGUUUGUGUAUAUAUUAUAUAUAUAUAAAAAAAACUGUUGGUACAAAAAUUAUUGAGUUGGGAUUGGUUUAUUUCUUUAUUUUUCUUUUAAAAAAAUAAUUUCUGAUUCCCUUUUCUUUCUUUCUUUCUAGGAAGCCCAUUUUGGACAGAUUUAUCCCUCUUUGCAUUGACCCAUUAAAGAGAGAAAGAAGCUCAGAGACCCCCAAAACAAACAGUUUUUUUUUUUUUUUUUUUUUUUGCAGAGCAGAGGAGAGAGAAAUGUUUAAAGAGUACUUGAGAUGAUGAUUAUUAUUAUUACAGCUUUAGCUCCCAGCAGCUCAUCAUCGCCUCUAUAUUUCUCUCCCUAUUUUAUACCUCUUUCCUUUUUCCAUCCUUUCCCCUAAAAACCACUCCAAAAUUAACCCCCACAAAGAUUCCUCCACCGUCUCCGCCGCCGCAACCACCGCCACCGCCACCGCCGCCCUAUCUUACCUCUUCUCUUAUCUGGAUUAGAUCAAGGUUGAUGGACUUGAAAUACCAAUAAAAAACAACAAGUUCUUGGAUUUGAAUCUUGAUCAAAGAUUCCAAUAAAAAAGAGAACAGAAAGAUCUAUUUUCUUUUUUAAGUUGAUGGCUGGAGAGCUUUGUGAAGGAGGAGAAAAAUCAAACGAGAUGGUAUUUGGAGGAGUGUUUUAUUACAAUUCCAAUUCAAAUUCAAACAACAUCGUCCCAAAUCAAUUCACAAAUCAGAUCCAAACCGGGUUCGGUUCCACCACCGAACCCACGACGGAGAUGUUCAACAAAUCGGGUGGUGGUGGCGGUGGUGAUGACGACGAUGAGUCGUUUCAUCAGAAUAUGAUGGUGGUUGGACCAUGGGGGACGACGACAACGACGAUGGCGACGGCGGAUUCUUCUUUAAGAUGUGUGUUUCCAUGUGAACCAAAUGAAAGACCAAGCCAAGGCCUUUCUUUGUCUCUUAGUUCUUCUAACCCUUCUUCUAUUGGCUUACAAUCUUUUGAACUAAGACAACAACAACAAAACCAAUCAUCUUUUCCCAUUUUUCACCUUAGAAACUCGAGGUUUUUAAUCCCAACUCAAGAACUUCUUAAUGAGUUUUGUAGCCUUGGAAUUACCAAUAACAUCAAUCAUUCUUCUUCCUCACCAAAACACAAACAUGGCUCUUCUUCUACCAAUUUCUCUCUUCAAUCACUUGAUUUCAUGGACUUGCAAAAGAGGAAAACCAAGCUUUUUUCCAUGCUUGAAGAGGUUGAAAGAAGGUAUAGGCAUUAUUGCGAGCAAAUGAAGAUGGUGGUGGCGUCGUUCGAAGCGGUGGCAGGGAGUGGGGCAGCGAGGGUGUACUCGGCGUUGGCAUCGAAAGCGAUGUCGAGGCAUUUUAGAAGCCUAAAAGAUGGGAUUGUGGGGCAAAUUCAAGCCACAAGAAAGGCAAUGGGAGAAAAGGAUCCAAUUGCACCUGGUACUACAAGAGGAGAAACACCCAGGCUUAGAGUGAUUGAUCAAGCUUUAAGACAACAAAGAGCUUUCCAUCAAAUCAGCAUCAUGGAAAGCCAUCCAUGGCGCCCUCAACGCGGCCUCCCCGAACGUUCUGUUUCCGUUCUUCGCGCUUGGCUUUUCGAACACUUCCUUCACCCGUAUCCUAGCGAUGUGGAUAAACAUAUUUUAGCUCGCCAAACUGGUCUCUCCAGAAGCCAGGUGUCAAAUUGGUUCAUUAAUGCAAGGGUGAGGCUGUGGAAGCCAAUGGUAGAAGAGAUGUAUUUGGAAGAAACAAAGGAACAAGAGGAUGAGAUUGAUAACAGUUUCAACAACAUGAACAGCAAUGCCAACAACUCUUUUGAUGGGGUGGCGGAUUUUGACGACGAAAUCGAUGGCCAUCGGUCGAUCGCAACACGACUCGAGGAUCAGAAGCCGACACCGGACCAACUCCUAAGAAUAGACUCGGAAUGUCUCUCUUCAAUCAUCUCUAAUAACUCAGAGAAGAAUGAUCAUUCAAGAACGAUGAAAACGAUGCAAAACCACCACGGACACCACAUCCACGAAAACCAUGACCAUAGUUUUGGACGGGUUGUGGGCGAUGCAUUUGGCACGGUAGAGCUUGACUUCUCGUCCUACAAUCACCAUACUGGUAGCGGGGGUGUUUCGUACCCUAACAACAACAAUAACAAUAAUCAACAUUUCAAUAACGGCAGCGGUGGAGGCGUGUCGUUGACAUUAGGGUUACAACAGCAUGCAGCAGUCGGGGGGAACGGCAACGGAGGAGUGAGCAUCGCCUUUUCUCCCGCCGCGGCGGCGGCACAAAGCUCCCUUUUCUUCACAAGAGAUCACAUGGAAGAAUGUCCACCAGUUCAAUAUUCCCUUUUAGAUGGAGAAACUCAGAAUCUUCCUUAUAGAAACUUGAUGGGUGCUCAAUUGCUUCAUGAUUUGGCUGGAUAAUGACCUCAAAAUCAGCCAGAGAGAUCAAAUGGGUCAGCUGGAAAAUGCUUAGUUUUUUUAGGUAUAGAUAACCCAAUAGCUUCAAAUACUCCAAUACAUAAUAUACAUAAAGCUUUUUUAUAUACUUUGGGGGAGGGUUAAUUAGAUUAUUAAUCAUAGCUAUGGUAGAUCAACUUGUUUUUGUUUUUGUUUUUUUUGUUUUUCUAGUUUUUUUUUUUAAAACCCAUCUAGUUAUUUCAACUCUUUAUUUCUCCAUCUUCUUCAAAUUUUCAAAAAUGGUUUUACCCUUUUGAAUUUGGAAGGGAUGAUUAUGAUGAUGAUAUGGAACUAGAAAUAUACAAAUGGAUGGUUAUGAUUGGCACAUAUA